ACGAGCCUCCCCUCCCCUCCCCUCCCCUUCCCUUCCCCCAGCGAUCCUCCCAGCCAAAUCCCUCCCGCUAGGGGACCUCGCCCGCCGCUCUAGAUCUAGAUCCGCCCCGUCGUCGCCGCAGGUGUUCGACCCCUCCCUCCCUCGCUCGCUCGCUACCGCAGGCGGGCAGGCGGAUCCGGGCCCAAGUAGAUCGAUCCCUCCGCCUCGUCAUGAAGUGCCCUUCCGGUUCCUCGGGCGGCCGCGAUCCCUGGGCGCCUCCUCCUGGUUCGGGUGGUGGUGGCGGCGGCGGAUCGAGCGAGCCGGCCAAGAAGCAGCAGCGGACCGGGAGCUCGAGCCAGGCCGACGAGGCGUCCACCUCCUCCUCCUCCUCCUCCUCACAGCCUCCGCCGCAGCAGCCGCCUGCACCGGAUGGGGGUGAUGUGCCGUAUCUGGGGGAGGACCUGAUGUUCGAGGUGCUGCGGCGGGCGGAGGCGCGGACGCUGGCCAGCGCGGCGUGCGUCAGCCGGGGCUGGCGGGCCCUCGCGCAGGACGAGCGGCUCUGGGAGGCGGCCUGCGUGAGGGAGUGGGCUGACCUCGGCUUCUCCGAGCAGCAGCUCCGCGCCGUCGUGCUCUCGCUCGGCGGCUUCCGCCGCCUGCACGCCGUCUCCAUCCGGCCCAUCCAGCGGCGCCGUGCCGGUGUUCCUGCUGCGCCUGCUCAGGAAAGGGGAAGGCGGCAGCAGCCUCCUGCCAGGCUGGGCCGGGACCAGGUCCAGCUGUCGCUGUCGCUGUUCUCGAUCGGGUUCUUUCAGAGCAUGCCUAAUCACCCCCCUCCUAAGAAGAAAGAUGAGGGUGAUGGCAGCGAUAAGGGUGGAGGUGGGCGGUGCGGGUGA